AUGAAUUCAAUUAAUUGUUCCAUACCAAAAUUUAAAGUUCCAUCAACGAAAAUUGAUGCAAAUAUUAAAAUUAUUGUAACAUGUUACUCAAUUGUUUUUCUUUUUGCUUUUUUUGGAAAUGUUACAAUGUUUUUAAUAUUAACAAGAAAUCAUCGAGCUAGAAGAAAGCGUGUUCAUAUGUUAUUAUUUCAUAAUACGGUAGCUCAUUUAUUUGUCACACUUCUUUAUAUACCAAAAGAAAUUAUUCAUAAACUAACCAUUAUAUGGAAUGGUGGUGAUUUGUUAUGUAAAACUUGCAAAUUUAUGGAUGUAUUUGGUGUAACACUUUCAGCUUAUGUUUUAAUAUGUAUCUGCCUUGAUAGAUUUGUUACAAUAUAUUUUCCAUUUAAAAUAUUAAACGGUUCAAGAUUAGUUAAGAUUCUCCUUGGAACUGCUUGGAUAAUGGCAAUUUUAUCAUGUCUUCCUUCAUUAUUUAUUUUUGAAGUUGUCCUUCAUCCAUGUUCAACCAUUGAUGAUCCAUACUUUCAAUGUGUAUCAAAAAAUUUAAUUGAUAACUCAUAUACACCAUGGGUUAUGGGUUUUUCUAUUCUUAAUUUGUUUGAAGUUUACCUUAUUCCAUUAAUAUUUAUUGUUUUAUGUUAUGGUGCUAUUUUAAUGAAAAUUAGAAGAUCAAGUGUUAAGUCAAAAAAUAAUCAAAAUAAUGGAAAAUUAACACUUAGAAGUACUGGUCGUGACAAUAUGAAAACUGCAAGAAAUAAAACUCUUAAAAUGACACUUAUAAUUGUGGUAGCUUUCUUGGCCUGUUGGACACCAUAUUCAUUAAUGACUUUGCAACAUUUUUUGUCAUUACCAGGACCAUUAUUUAUGUCAAAAUGGCCUUUAUUCAAGCCUUUAAUAUAUGCAUUUGCUGUAUUUAAUUCUGCUAUCUCACCAUAUCUAUAUGGAUAUUUUUCAUUUAAUCUUAAAAAUGAAUUGAAAUAUCUUAUUAAUUGUAAUUGGAAUCCACAGCCAGUAAAAAAAAACUUUUCUGCCACAAUAAAAUCAGACUGUGAUCGGAAAUAUAGUGUUAGAUGUAAAAAUUUGAGUAAAUAUGAACAAACACCAAUAUAA